AUGGAAAACGUUUUCACAGUGGGCGAGUCGAUGUCACUGCCGCCGGAGAAGAUGCUGAGCCGUAGCCCCUCCGAGCAAGCCUUCCAACGCUUCCUCCAGCUGGAAGCCACCGCCUCCGUCGACCACAAUUCGUCUCCUUCACCUCCGGUAACCGCUGCGGUUUCUUCUCAUCAACAACGGCGGCAGCCGGAAACCGACGCCGAGGAGUACCGGGAAUUCCUCAAAAGCCGCCUCUAUUUAGCCUGCGCCGCCGUAGCUUCCUCGCGUGGAAACUGCCCGGAGCCGCCUCGAGAUUCAUCAGCUGCCAUAAUUUUGCCUGAACGAUUGGAACUGUCAAUUGGUGAUGAUGAAGCUGAAGAAACUCAGAAGAAGAUGGAUGCAAAGCGGGAAAGGAAGAUGCUAUGUAACAGAGAAUCAGCGCGGCGUUGUAGAAGAAGAAAGGAGGCCCAUCUAACAGAAAUGGAGGCACAGGUUUCUCAAUUGACUCGUCUUUACUGA